GCGAUGAAUUGUGGGCAAACGUCUAUGGCACAGACUGCCUGGCACGCAUUGACAAGACCUCUGGAUCUGUCACUGGUUGGGUCUUGUUGCACGACAUUCUGGACAGACGACGUGCUGGUGCCGAAGCGGCUGCUGCUGGACGAGAAGCACCUGAUGUCCUCAAUGGCAUUGCAUGGGAUCCGGCAGCUAAGCGACUCUUUGUCACUGGCAAGCUUUGGCCCACUCUUUAUGAGAUCAAGGUUGAGCCGUUGA